CAGAUUUGAAUUCUUUCAUUCUGUACUUAAAAAUGAAUAAAAGAGUGGACUCAAAGCUCAGAGCUGACCACCUAUGCCACACCUUAGCGCCAAUAAAGGAAGUAUACAACAGCUUGUUAAUCUCAUUCUUGUAACACAGACAGCAUCCAUUUUGUAAAGAAUGGCUGAAGGAGAAGAAGUUAUCCUCCUGGAUGUGUUGCCUAGCACUUUUGGGAUGAGGGUGAAAAUCGCCUUGGCUGAGAAAGGGAUCAAAUAUCAAUACAAGGAAGACAACCUCUUUGAUAAGAGCCCUUUGCUCCUCCAAAUGAACCACCCUGUUCAUAAGAUGAUCCCUGUCCUCAUUCAUAAUGGAAAAUCCAUCUGUGAAUCCCUUGUUAUUCUCCACUAUAUUGAUGAGACAUGGAAAGACAAGCUCCCUUUGUUGCCUUCCGAUCCUUUCCAUCGAUCGCAAGCGAGGUUUUGGGCUGAUUUUAUAGACAAAAGGAUAUAUGAUAGUGGCAAGAGGAUACUGAUGAACAAAGGAGAAGUGAGAGAGGCAGCGAAGGAGGAGAUGAUAGGGUGCUUGAAGAUUUUAGAAGGAGAGCUUGGGGAUAAGCUUUCCUUUGGAGGGGAAACCUUUGGAUUCUUGGAUACUGUACUACUUCCUUACUACUGCUGGUUCUUUUCCUAUGAAGCCUGUGGUGAAUUCAGCAUAGAAGCCGAGUGCCCCAAGCUGAUGGCAUGGGUUCAAAGGUGCAAAGAAAGAGAGAGUGUUUCCAAAUCUCCUACUGACCCACUUAUAGUUUAUGAGUUCGUCUUGCAACUAAGGAAAAUGGGUGGGCUAGAGUGAAAAUGUUAAUGGGAUCUUCCUUGUAGAUGAUCUUGCAUUUCCUCACUUAUGUACUUCUCUGCUUGUUUAAAUAAGAAGCAAUAAAAAUAAGAAGAUAAUUUUAAUUA